AUGUACAGACAAAGUAAUCAGACUAGUGCAGUGUUGCAGAGGCCCCGCUCCUUCAAUGAGGCCAUUGUCAGGGACCAGUAUGAAGUUCUGGAGGACAUUGGGCAUGGAGCGUUUGGCCGGGUAAAACUAGCCCGCCAUCGCCUCACUGGGGCAGAGGUGGCAGUGAAAGUCCUGCGGAAGGUAGCACACAACCUCCCUGUCCUCUCUGAACCAGAUGUGAUGAGGACCCUGGAGCAUCCCAAUGUAAUUCAGUUAUUUCAGGUGAUUGAGACCCACAGAAAUAUCUACAUUGUGAUGGAAAAUGCAGCUGGGGGAGAACUCUAUGACCAUGUCCCAAAGUGUGGCCUGCAGGAGGAAGAGGCCCGCAGACUUUUCAGACAGAUAGCGGGAGCCGUGAGCUACUGCCAUGACAAGGGCGUCGUGCACCGAGACCUGAAGCCAGAGAACAUCGUGAUGGAUGGCAGAGGCAACCCCAAACUGAUUGACUUUGGCUUCAGCGCCAGGUUCACGUCCGGGCAGAAACUGAAUGAGUUCUGGGGCACUCUCUCACACUUUGCCCCUGAACUUGUCCUGAGGCAAGCGUAUGAGGGCCCCCCAGUAGACGUCUGGAGCCUGGGUGUCAUUCUGUAUUUUAUGUUGACAGGAAAGCGCCCAUUUAGGGGGCCCACUGAUGAGGAAAUGCUGAGGCAGAUUGUACUAGCAAUGUACCGCAUCCCUCCUCAUGUUCCCAUUGAAGCAGGAAAGCUCAUCCACAGAAUCCUGGCUGUGUACCCCAGGAAACGACCCACAGUCAAGCAAAUCCUUCAGCACCUAUGGUUGAGGGAGGGUGAGCAAUAUUUACCCCAUGAUUCUAGUGAGGCACCCCUCAAACACCCAGACACAGAAAUAAUGACAAUCCUAUUUGAUAUGGGUUAUGAUCCAUACAAGACCUGGGUGUCCCUGGCCAAGAGAAAGUUCAGUAUGACCAUGGCCACCUACUUGAUCCUUCAGCACCAGAAAAGCCAGGGGCCAGGUUGCAUGUUCCAGGGGAAGCCUGUGCCUCCCAGGGUUAAGCCUCGCCCAUGCCUUCUGGAUCUCUCUCAUUCCCCUGUCCUCCCAAAGAGGAGCCCCAGUGAGCCUGCCCUCUGCACCUUCCCCUUCCCCUGUGAGCUUCUGCUGCCUGAGGGGGCCAAACAGUCAGGGCAGAAGGGCAUCAGAAGUGCCAGCCUGCCUGCCACUCAUCUCCACUGCCUGCCGUCAAGGACCCCCGCACCUGAUAGAGCCUCCCAGCCUGACUCUGGGCAAACCCAUGCCAACAGAAAGCUCUGGAAGCGGGUGACUGGGAGGAUUGCUGCCUGUGUGCGACAACUGUGCUGCUGUGAGCCAUGUGUCAGCAGUAAGGUGGCUCCAAUCUAG